GCGUCUCCAAUCAACAAGUGCGGCGGGGACGCUAAAGGCCGCCGCGCAUCGCUCUCCCGGCGCGCGCUGCAGUUAGUUUGCUUGGGAAAGUGAAGGCGAGCUUCGAAAGAAGGCCGGCCUUUCUCCCGCUGUAGUGACGUGGAACGACGAAGCGUCCACAUGGACGUCCUGGCGGAAGAGUUUGGGAGCCUGACCCCCGAGCAGCUGGCGGCGCCGAUCCCAACGGUGGAGGAAAAAUGGAGGCUGCUUCCAGCAUUUUUAAAGGUUAAAGGCCUUGUGAAACAGCAUAUAGACUCAUUCAACUAUUUUAUUAAUGUGGAGAUAAAGAAGAUAAUGAAAGCCAACGAAAAGGUUACAAGUGAUGCUGACCCAAUGUGGUACUUAAAAUAUCUUAAUAUCUAUGUUGGUCUUCCUGAUGUUGAAGAAAGCUUCAAUGUAACUAGACCAGUGUCCCCUCAUGAGUGCCGUUUGAGGGACAUGACUUACUCCGCCCCCAUUACUGUGGACAUUGAGUACACCCGAGGCAGCCAGAGGAUCAUUCGAAACGCCCUACCCAUAGGCAGGAUGCCCAUUAUGCUUCGAAGUUCUAACUGCGUUCUGACAGGGAAGACGCCAGCAGAAUUUGCAAAACUAAACGAAUGUCCUUUAGACCCAGGUGGUUACUUCAUCGUGAAAGGAGUUGAAAAAGUGAUUCUCAUCCAGGAGCAGCUCUCUAAGAACAGGAUCAUUGUGGAGGCAGAUAGGAAAGGGGCUGUUGGAGCAUCCGUUACCAGCUCCACCCAUGAAAAGAAAAGCAGAACCAAUAUGGCAGUGAAGCAGGGGCGGUUCUAUUUGAGGCACAACACAUUAUCUGAAGACAUACCCAUUGUGAUCAUAUUUAAGGCCAUGGGUGUUGAGAGUGACCAGGAAAUUGUGCAGAUGAUUGGGACAGAGGAGCACGUGAUGGCCGCCUUUGGGCCCAGUCUGGAGGAGUGCCAGAAAGCUCAGAUUUUCACACAGAUGCAGGCACUAAAAUAUAUAGGGAAUAAAGUAAGAAGGCAAAGAAUGUGGGGAGGUGGACCGAAGAAAACCAAAAUAGAAGAAGCAAGAGAGCUCCUAGCUUCUACCAUUCUGACCCAUGUACCGGUUAAAGAAUUUAAUUUCCGAGCCAAAUGUAUUUAUACUGCAGUGAUGGUACGAAGAGUAAUCUUGGCUCAAGGCGAUAACAAAGUUGAUGACCGAGACUACUAUGGUAACAAGCGACUGGAAUUAGCAGGACAGCUUUUAUCUCUUCUUUUUGAAGAUUUGUUCAAAAAAUUUAAUUCUGAGAUGAAGAAGAUUGCAGACCAGGUGAUUCCUAAACAAAGAGCAGCCCAGUUUGACGUGGUGAAGCACAUGCGCCAAGACCAGAUCACCAAUGGCAUGGUGAAUGCCAUUUCUACUGGAAAUUGGUCUCUAAAGAGAUUUAAAAUGGACCGCCAGGGUGUGACCCAGGUGCUAUCCCGCUUGUCCUAUAUAUCUGCUCUGGGCAUGAUGACAAGAAUCUCUUCCCAGUUUGAAAAAACAAGAAAAGUGAGUGGUCCUCGCUCCCUCCAGCCAUCUCAGUGGGGGAUGCUCUGUCCUUCUGAUACACCUGAAGGAGAGGCCUGUGGUUUGGUUAAAAACUUGGCCCUUAUGACACACAUCACAACUGACAUGGAAGAUGGACCUAUUGUUAAGCUAGCUAGUAACCUGGGAGUAGAAGAUGUAAAUUUACUAUGUGGGGAAGAACUUUCUUAUCCAAAUGUGUUUCUGGUCUUCCUUAAUGGUAACAUCUUGGGUGUCAUUAGGGACCAUAAAAAGCUAGUGAAUACAUUUCGACUGAUGCGAAGAGCAGGCUAUAUCAAUGAAUUUGUUUCCAUAUCAACAAAUCUGACAGACCGAUGUGUUUAUAUUUCCUCUGAUGGAGGAAGGCUGUGCAGACCUUACAUAAUUGUUAAGAAUCAGAAGCCAGCAGUCACUAAUAAACAUAUGGAAGAAUUGGCUCAGGGGUACAGGAAUUUUGAAGAUUUCUUACAUGAAAGUCUGGUUGAAUAUUUAGAUGUGAAUGAAGAAAAUGACUGUAACAUCGCCCUUUAUGAACACACAAUUAAUAAAGAUACUACCCACUUGGAGAUUGAACCCUUCACUCUUCUUGGUGUCUGUGCUGGCCUGAUCCCAUACCCUCAUCAUAACCAGUCCCCAAGAAACACCUACCAGUGUGCUAUGGGCAAACAAGCCAUGGGUACCAUUGGAUACAACCAGCGAAAUAGAAUUGAUACUCUCAUGUAUCUGCUAGCAUAUCCACAAAAACCCAUGGUUAAAACAAAAACCAUUGAGCUGAUAGAGUUUGAAAAAUUGCCAGCUGGACAGAAUGCAACAGUUGCUGUGAUGAGUUACAGUGGCUAUGAUAUUGAAGAUGCACUUGUUUUAAACAAGGCUUCCUUGGACAGAGGGUUUGGGCGUUGUCUUGUAUAUAAAAAUGCUAAAUGUACAUUGAAACGAUACACCAAUCAGACUUUUGAUAAGGUGAUGGGGCCCAUGUUAGAUGCUGCUACGAGGAAACCUAUCUGGCGACAUGAAAUUUUGGAUGCAGAUGGCAUUUGUUCUCCAGGUGAGAAGGUAGAAAACAAGCAAGUGCUUGUAAACAAGUCCAUGCCCACAGUGACUCAGAUUCCUCUGGAAGGAAGUAAUGUGCCACAGCAGCCACAGUACAAAGAUGUGCCCAUAACGUAUAAAGGGGCAACAGAUUCCUACAUUGAAAAAGUGAUGAUCUCUUCCAAUGCUGAAGAUGCUUUUUUGAUCAAAAUGCUUCUGAGGCAGACGAGGCGGCCAGAGAUCGGAGACAAAUUCAGCAGUCGUCAUGGGCAAAAAGGUGUUUGUGGUUUGAUCGUCCCCCAGGAAGACAUGCCAUUUUGUGAUUCUGGCAUCUGUCCGGACAUCAUAAUGAACCCACACGGCUUCCCAUCGAGAAUGACGGUGGGAAAGCUGAUCGAGCUGUUAGCCGGCAAGGCAGGAGUGUUAGACGGCAGGUUCCACUAUGGCACUGCGUUCGGAGGAAGCAAAGUGAAGGACGUGUGCGAGGACCUCGUUCGCCAUGGCUAUAACUACCUGGGGAAGGACUACGUCACAUCAGGCAUCACAGGUGAACCCUUAGAAGCAUACAUCUACUUUGGUCCUGUGUACUACCAGAAGCUGAAACACAUGGUGCUGGAUAAAAUGCAUGCCCGGGCCCGAGGACCACGAGCCGUCCUUACCAGGCAACCCACCGAGGGGCGAUCUCGUGAUGGUGGCUUGCGUCUGGGAGAAAUGGAACGUGACUGUUUAAUCGGCUAUGGAGCUAGUAUGCUUUUGUUGGAGAGACUGAUGAUUUCAAGUGAUGCCUUUGAAGUUGAUGUCUGUGGACAGUGUGGACUUCUGGGAUAUUCUGGCUGGUGCCACUACUGCAAGUCGUCCUGCCACGUGUCUUCCCUCCGCAUCCCCUAUGCCUGCAAGCUGCUCUUCCAAGAACUGCAGUCCAUGAACAUUAUCCCCAGGCUCAAACUGUCCAAGUACAACGAGUGAGCGAAGCAGAGCCGGCAGCUACUGAAAAGACAGCCAGGCCAGUCUGACACCGAGCAAAGCGCAGAGCCUGGGAACUCUCUCCCUCCUCCCCCGUGAACAACUCAAGGGGUUAUCUUCUUUCCCCAAAGCAAAACCAACAAAACUGAUAGAGAAACAUUUUGUGUUCAGAAGACUGACUAUUCGACCUUGAUCAGUGAGCCUCGAGCCUUGGGAGCCAUGUUAACACCAUGGACUACAGUGAGGUCUGACACACAAGGGAAUGAGGGACAUAUCCUAUCCUAUUUGUGUUCUGAUAGGCUGAAACUUACUCAUGAGAAAGACCUUGGUCUUGAAGAAGGUUUAAG